AUUGGGAGUCUUGGCUCCUGGAGGAUUCUAGUCGAGCUGAACUGCCUGUGACAGACAAGAGUGAUGACUCACUGCCCGUGGGAGUUGCCAUCGACUAUACGAACCAAGUGGAAAUCACCAUCAAUGAUGAGAAGACUCUUCCUCCCGCUCCAGUUCUUAUGUUACUUUCAACAGAUGGUGUGCUUUGUCCGUUUUAUAUGAUCAAUCAAAAUCCUGGGGUUAGGUCCCUCAUCAAGACGCCAGAGCAACUCUCAUUAGAAGGAGAACGACAACCCAAGUCGUCAGGGAGUACUCCCACUACCCCAACCUCCUCUCAAGCCCCACAGAAGCUCGACGCACCAGCCCCUGCAGCACCCGUCUCUGGCCCACCUUCAUCGCUGGCUGCUCCUCCCCCCACCUUCUCUUUGCCUUCUGCUGGUGGAGCUCCUGCUGUGUUCUCCUUCGGUUCUUCAUCCUUGAAGUCAUCUGCUUCUGUCCCAGGGGAGCCCCCUCCAUAUUCCAGCGGCUCGGGCGCACCUACCUUCUCUUUUGCUCCUCCUUCCCAAGCCUCCCUAGCGCCCACCCCUGUGGCCUCUCCCAUGACGCCCUCCGCUGCCUCGUUCUCCUUUGGAUCCUCGGGUUUUAAGCCUACCCUGGAGAGCACACCGAUGCCAAGUGUGUCUGCUCCAAACUUAGGACUGAAGCCCGCCUUCCCACCCUCAGCCUCUGCAGUCAAGGUCAACCUUAGCGAGAAGUUCACUGCCGUGGCUUCCUCCACUCCUGCCAUCAGCUCCCAGGGUGCGCCCGCGACGCUGCCGUUCCCCUCUGCCUCCAAGCCGGCUGCUUCUGGACCCCUCAGCUACCCCACGCCCCUCUCAGCGCCACCCGGCUCCGUGUCUUCAAAGUCCUCAGUCUCUCCCUCGGCAUCAGCAGGGCGGUCUACUCAGGGCAGCCCAGGCCCCGUGCCCUCAAUGGUACCGAAGUCACCCAGGAUAACCCCUCCAGUGGCAAAGUCAGGCUCUCCCCAGGCGAAGUCACUUCAGCCUCCCGUCACAGAAAAGCAGGGACAUCAGUGGAAAGAGUCAGAUCCUGUGAUGGCUGGAAUUGGAGAGGAGAUUGCACACUUUCAGAAGGAGUUGGGAGAGCUGAAGGCCCGGACUUCCAAAGCCUGUUUCCAAGUGGGCGCUUCGGAGGAGAUGAAGAUGCUGCGAACGGAAUCCAAUGACCUGCACACCUUCCUUUUGGAGAUUAAAGAGACCACAGAGUCUCUUCAUGGAGAUAUCAGUACCCUGAAAACAACUUUACUCGAGGGCUUUGCUGGUGUGGAAGAAGCCAGGGAACAAAACGAGAGGGAUUGCGACUCUGGGUAUCUGCACUUGCUCUAUAAGAGACCUCUGGACCCCAAGAGCGAAGCCCAGCUCCAGGAAAUUCGGCGCCUUCAUCAAUACGUGAAAUUUGCUGUCCAAGAUGUGAACGAUGUGCUAGACUUAGAAUGGGAUCGGCAUCUGGAACAAAAGAAAAAUCAAAAACGCUUGCUUGUGCCAGAGCGGGAGACCCUGUUUAACACCCUAGCCAACAACCGGGAAAUCAUCAGCCAGCAGAGGAAGAGGUUAAAUCACCUGGUGAACAGUCUCCAGCAGCUCCGUCUCUAUAACCAGACCUCCCAGUGGAGCCUUCCCUCGGAUGUCACCUCCCAGAGCGGCACUCAUGGUUUUGACAGUGACCUCGAAAGUCUCCGUAACGCUUUGUUGAAAACCACCAUAGAAUCUCACACCAAGUCCUUGUCCAGAGUGCCAGCUAAGCUGUCCCCUGUGAAACAAGCACAGCUGAGAAACUUCUUGGCCAAGAGGAAGACCCCCCCAGUGAGAUCUACUGCUCCAGCCAGCCUGUCCCGGUCAGCCUUCCUGUCUCAGAGAUACUAUGAAGACUUGGAUGAAGCCAGCUCCACGUCGUCCGUCUCCCAGUCUUUGGAGAGUGAAGACACGCGGGCGUCCUGUAAAGACGAUGACACGGUGGUGCAGGUCCCACGGCAUGCGCCUGUGGUGCGCACCCCUUCCAUCCAGCCUGGUGUCUUGCCGCAGGCAACGCCUUUCGCUAAAUCUCACCUGAUUCAUGGUUCACCUGGCGUGAUGGGAACGUCCAUGUCGACGUCUGCUAGCAAAAUCAUUCCUCAAGGGGCUGAUAGCACAAUGCUUGCCACAAAAACCGUGAAACAUGGUGCCCCCGGUCCUUCCCACAGCCUCUCGGCCCCCCAGGCAGCCGCUGCUGCAGCACUGAGACGUCAGAUGGCCAGCCAGGCCCCAGCUGUAAGUACUUUAACCGAAUCAACUCUGAAGAAUGUCCCUCAAGUGGUAAAUGUGCAGGAACUGAAGAAUAAUCCCGCGGCCACCUCUGCAGCGAUGGGUUCUUCGAUGCCAUACUCUGCAGCCAAGACCCCUCACCCCGCGACGACCCCAGCAGCUGCUAACCAGGCUAAGCAGGGAUCUCUAAUAAAUUCCCUAAAGCCGUCGGGGCCCACUCCAGUGUCUAGUCCAUUGUCAUCUGGUGAUAAAGCUUCAGGACCAGGGGCAGCCAAGAUAGAAACAGCUGUGACUUCUCCCCCGCCUGCUGCUGGGCAGCUCAGCAAGUCUUUCUCAUUUUCUCCAGCAGGGACUGGCUUUAAUUUUGGGAUAAUCACACCAACCCCGUCUUCUAACGUCACCGCUACACAAGGGGCAGCACCCCCCGCUAAAGAGUCACACCAGCUCGACGCGUUCUCAUUCGGCGGGGGAGGCAAACCCUUUUACGAGCCCAUUGCUGAAAGCUCACCCCCCUCGGGGAUGACAGCGCCGCACGUCGGAGCCACUGCUGCCUCUCCUGCGGAGCCCGCGGCUUCCAGCAGCCGACCCGCGGCACCUUCUGGAAUGGCUAUUUCUACUGCCACUAGCAAGCUGGAGACUCCACCGUCGAAGUUGGGAGAGCUUCUGUUUCCAAGUUCUUUGGCUGGAGAGACCCUGGGAAGUUUCUCGGGACUGCGCGUCGGCCAAGCAGAUGAUUCUCCAAAGCCAGCCAUGAAGGCUUCAUCCACAAGCCUGACCAGUACACAGCCGACCAAGACUUCAACCGUCCCCUCGGGGUUUAGUUUUACUGGCCCCCCCGUGUUAGGGAAGCAUGCAGAGCCCCCCGUGACCUCCUGUGUGACCGCCGCCACAGGGGCAGCGGCCACGGCCAGCAUAAGCACUAGCAGUUCCUCGACUGGCGUCUUUGGCGGCCUGCCCCUCACCAGUGCGGGAUCGUCCGGGGUGAUUGGUUUCAGUGGGAUGGCCCCUAGUGGUAGCAAGACGAGUUUUUCCUUUGGAAGCCAACAGACGAGUAGUCCAGUGCCCCCAUCUGCCCCUCUGUCGGUGACAACUGCCGCUCCCCUUCCUACCUCAUUCCCCACCCUGUCAUUUGGUAGCCUCCUGAGUUCAGCAUCCACUCCCACCCUGCCUGUGUCCUCUGGUAAAAGCACAGAGGAGGCCACGGCAUCAGCUUCGCCCGAGAAGCCAGACAGCGGUGAGAUCUCAGCGUCAGCCUCGCUUCUCGGGCAGCAGCAGUCGGCCCCGCUUCCCCAGGCUCCUCUGCAGGCUUCCGACUCUGUUAAAAAAGAAGCUGCUCUCUCGCAGCCCGCAGUCAGCAGCCCCGGCCCUGCAGCGUCCAGUUCCAGUCCCGUGGCACCCGGUGCAGAGGCCACACCAGCAGCACCCGCGGUCCCUGAGGUCAAGGCGGAGCCGGCAUCUCCUGCGUCCUCGCUCCCGGAGCCCGGGCAGGCCACCAUCACGGCAGCUACGGCCCCAAGCGCAGUCCCCGUGGCCGUUGAAACCCCAGGUCCCCCCACCACCUCCAGCUCUGUUGCCAGUGUCGCUCCGAGCCUGGCUACGGAGACGGCGGUGUUUGGGACGGCCACUUCGGGCUCAUCUGUCUUCACCCAGCCUCCCGCUGCCAGCUCUAGCUCAGCUUUCAGUCAGCUCACCAGCAACACGGCCACCGCCCCCUCGGCUACCCCCGUGUUCGGGCAGGUGGCGGCCAGCACCGCACCGAGCCUGUUUGGGCAGCAGACGGGCAGCACAGCCAGCACGGCGGCCGCCACGCCACCGGUCAGCAGCUCGGGCUUUGGCAGCCCCGCCUUCGGCACCUCAGCCACCGGGGUCUUUGGACAGACGACGUUCGGGCAGGCCCCGGCCUUUGGGCAGUCAACAAGCAGCCCUGUGAGCGGCUUUUCCUUCAGUCAGCCUGCGUUCAGCUCUGUGCCUGCUUUCGGCCAGCCCGUGUCCUCCACCUCCACGUCCACCAGUGGGAACGUCUUUGGUGCCUCCUCGAGCACCAGUAGCUCCAGCUCCUUCUCAUUCGGACAGUCUUCUGCCAACACAGGAGGGGUUCUGUUUGGCCAAAGCAACCCUCCUGCGUUUGGGCAGAGUCCCGGCUUUGGGCAGGGAGGCUCUGUGUUUGGUGGCACCUCGGCCACCACCACGACAGCGUCAUCCUCUGGGUUUAGCUUUUGUCAAGCUUCAGGUUUUGGGUCUAGUAAUACUGGUUCUUUGUUUGGUCAAGCAGCCGGCACUGGUGGAACAGUCUUUGGCCAGCAACCCUCUUCCAGUGGGAGCGUGUUUGGGUCUGGAAACACUGGAAGAGGGGGAGGUUUCUUCAGUGGCCUUGGAGGGAAACCCAGCCAGGAUGCAGCCAACAAAAACCCAUUCAGCUCGGCCAGCGGGGGCUUUGGAUCUGCAGCCACCCCAAAUAACUCUAAUCUGUUCGGAAACAGUGGGGCCAAGACAUUUGGUGGAUUCACCAGCUCAUCGUUUGGAGAGCAGAAACCUGCCGGCACGUUCAGCUCUGGAGGGGGAAGUGUGGCGUCCCAAGGCUUCGGGUUUUCUACUGCAAAUAAAACAGGUGGCUUCGGUGCUGCUCCAGUGUUUGGCAGCCCUCCUACUUUUGGGGGAUCCCCUGGGUUUGGAGGGGUGCCAGCAUUCGGUUCAGCCCCAGCCUUUACAAGCCCUCUGGGCUCGACGGGAGGCAAAGUGUUCGGAGAGGGUACUGCGGCUGCCAGCGCGGGAGGAUUCGGGUUUGGGGGCAGCAGCAACACCACGUCCUUCGGCACCCUCGCAAGUCAGAACGCGCCGACUUUCGGGUCACUGUCCCAGCAGACCUCUGGUUUUGGGACCCAGAGCGGGGGAUUCUCUGGCUUCGGAUCGGGUGGAGGAGGAUUCAGCUUUGGAUCGUCUAACUCGUCUGUCCAGGGCUUUGGUGGCUGGAGAAGCUGAGUGGGUGUCGGUGUUCCUUUCAGUUCCUGUGACCAACUACAUUCUCAGCUCCUCUUCGCUGAGCCACACUGGAGCAGUCCUUCCCCGUGAACAUUCGCACUGAAACACACA